GCUCCCCCGACCAGGGGCCAGAUCUAGCCGCCCACACACCUGGGCUCUGCCUGGGCCCCCAGUGAUCCCGCUAACACAUCAAGACAAGAUUUAUUUCCAGGACGAUAAACAGGUAAACGCACCCCACGCCAAGGUAAAGAGUCCUGUGAGCUGAGCAAUGCCUCCUGGGAAGAAAACAUCUGCUGCUGAUUCUCCAGGAGCCACUCUCACUGUCAACAAGGAAGGGACGCGUGAGCCUGCUGCUGGGACAACACACACAGCCAGGCAGGGGCAUAAAAGCUGGACGGCCCUCAGCAUCCCACACAUUCACACACUCACUCACACGCUCACACGCUCACGCCCUCCUCCAGCCCCACUGCCCCACCAUGGCCGCAUCCGCCCUGUCCGUCUGCUCCAGUGACCUGAGCUACAGCAGCCGUGCCUGCCUGCCCGGGUCCUGUGACUCUUGUACUGAAUCUUCCUGGCAGGCGGAUGACUGUCCAGAGAGCUGCUGUGAGCCUUCCUGCUGUGCCCCUACCUGCUGUGCCCCCACCUGCUGUGUCCCCACCUCAUGCCUGACCCUUGUCUGUGCCCCAGUGAGCUGUGUGUCCAGCCCCUGCUGCCAGGUGGCCUGUGGAUACAGCCCCUGCCAAUCAGCCUGCACCAGCUCCUGCACGCCCUCAUGCUGCCAGCAGCCUAGCUGCCAGCCCUCCUGCUGCACCUCCUGCAGUGUGCCAGUCUGCUGUAAACGGGUGUGCCGCAGGCCUAUCUGUUCUAGGGCCACUUUCUGCCCAGCCCCCUUGUGCUGCUACGGACCCUCCUCCUACUUCUCAUCCUGCUAUCGGCCUUCCUCCUGCACCUCGUCCUGCUACAGGUCCUCGUCCUGCGUGUCCCUCACCUGCCGCCCGGUGUGCAGGCCUGCCUGCUGCGUGCCUGUCCCCUCCUGCUGUGGCCCCGCCUUCUCCUGCCGGCCCAGCUGCUACCGCCCAUCCUCCUGCUUCUGCCGCCCUGUGUGCUGCCGCCCAGCCUGCUGAGUCCCUGCCUUGGCCAGAAGUCCUGCUGCUGGCUGGGCACAUCCCCCAGGGCCAGCCUGGCUCAGGUCCCACCGCAGGACUGUGGCUCUCCCAGCCACCCCUCAUCCAGUCCCAACCCA